AUGAGCUCCUUCCUCAUGAACGGGGGUUACCAGCCGCAGCCCGACCCGAAGUUCCCCCCCUCCGAAGAGUACAGCCAAGCGGACUAUAUCCCACCAGGGGAGUACUACCAGCAUCAAUUGCAAUAUGGCUACCAGCAUCAGUACCCGGUCCAGAUCGGAACGGGGUACGGCUAUGGGGGUUACUACCACCCGAUACCGCAACAUCCCCCUGUGGCGCCGCCUCCACGACCCCCCGAACCGUCUCAUCCGUCUGAUGCGGAUCAUGGGUAUAUCCCUCAUAGUGAACCGGCUCCUGGACUAGCGGAGCUGGGUCUGCGUUUGGAAAGGCAUAUAGAAGAAGCUGCACCAGCUGGAAGGAAGCUUCAAGCGUUGGGUCGAGAGGGGUCGCCAGGGUCGGAGAUGGAUGAUGAGAGGCUACUUCUUGAUAGCCCGCCGAUGGAGGACGAUGACUCAUCAAUUUGUUCGGAUAACACGGACCGAGUCAUCUACCCGUGGAUGAAGAAGAUCCACGUUGCCGGUGCUUGUAAGUAG